CUAAUUUCGGAGCCCUGUGCACCGCGAAGGCAGCAACCAGCUCUGCUCAAUGUAAUCCUGGGUGGAGAAAGGGCCUCUUCCUCAAAUGACGAGUUCAAAACACGAAUGCUUGAUAUACUGCGUGGGCUCUUGUUGUUUUCCUCCGAUAGUCUUUUUGCAGUGGUGAUAAUAAUUAAUUGGUAAUGGCUAUAGUGUGCAUAGAUUAAGACCAGUCUUGGUGGUUUAGAUUACAACAGUAUAUCAGAAUUUAAGCUAUUAUAAAAGAAUUGCUUCCAGUAUUGCCUACCACAGUGGCCAGUCAGAGAUGCCUGUGAUGUUCACAAGUAGCACAUGAAAUCUGUACAGACCAUUGGCGAAGAACAAACACAAAAUCCCUACACUGAGCUGCUUGUGCUGAAAGGUCAUCAUGAUAUAGUGCGGUUUCUAGUGCCAAUAGAUGAUUACAGGUUUGCAUCCGCUGGUGAUGAUGUUGUAUGUUUGUGGAAUGCUCAGACUGGAGAAAAGCUAUUUGAGCUACAUGCACAUACACAAAAGAUUACUGCUCUUGCAUCUUUUCCUCUAUCAGAUACUUGUGAAGAAAAAUGUCACUUGAUCUUGACAGCAGGUGCUGACAGAACUGUUAUUGUUUGGGAUUGUGACAAUGGUAGGCAAGUUCAUAAAGUAUCCUGCUUUCAUUCCACAGUAAAGUGUUUGACAGUUCUUCAAAGGCUGGAUGUAUGGCUGUCUGGAGGGAGUGAUCUGUGUGUUUGGAACCGAAAAUUAGAUCUCUUGUGUAAGACAAGUCAUCUUAUUGAUGCAGAUAUCAGUGCUAUGAUAGAAUUGCCUAAAAAUUGUGUGGCAGCAGCAGUUGGCAAAGAACUGAUCAUUCUUAGACUGAAAGCUUCCAGAGAUGGAACUGAAUGGGAUGUCUUUGAAGUGAAGCGCCUUCUUGACCAUGAGGACAAUAUUGUAUCGUUGGUCAGUGUCAGUGAUCUGACUUUCGCAACUGGCUCUCAUGUUGGUGAGCUGAUAGUCUGGGAUGCAUUGGACUGGACCAUGCAUGCAUAUGAACGCAGAUGGGAUGCUUCUCUUCAUCUUGACCCACAACAAGAAAUAAAAUUAUCGCACAGUCAAAAUGAAGUUUCAAUUCAACAUUUAGCUUCUGAUGAGGAGUGUGUGUGUUUCGCUGCUGUUGGAAAGGGCAUAUACGUGUAUAACCUUCAAAUGAAGCGUGUGAUUGCCUUCCAGAAGACUGCUCAUGACUCCACUGUCCUGCACAUUACAAAAGUUCCAAACAGGCGAAUAAUCUCCUGUUCAGAAGAUGGCAGUGUUCGCAUAUGGGAAUUACGAGAAAAACAGCAGCUUACAGCUGAACCUGUUCCUUCAGGUCUGUAUCCAGAAUGGGGGAUUUAUGUGGGAUUUGGAAGGACAAGUAAACAAGCCAGUCAUGCAGCUAAGAAGCCACCAGAGAGCACCACUGUCUUCUCCUUGGAUCUCCUUGGGGAUUUGAUUGGGCACUCUUUAGCUGUUCAGAUGGUCCUGUACUUCAGUGAACAUGGCCUGGCAACAUGCUCUGCUGAUCACCUCGUUAUUUUGUGGAAAGAUGGAGAACGAGAGUCGAGACUGCGCAGCUUACUGUUAUUUCAUAAGUUAGAACAAAGUGAAGAUUUGCAGCUUAGGAUCUAAAAAGACUAAAAUAUAUGGGAUAAAGGAAAAUGAGCCAGAGGAAAAGAAUGAACACUCGGCCUCAACUGCUAAAACCAGUUGGACAGGGUAAG